UUCACUUUCGAUAACGCUCUCUUCUUCUUCUUCUUCUUCUUCAAUCUUCAAAAUCAAAAUUCUCAUGAAAUCGUAAUUCCCUUUCAAACUCCAAGAACUUUAACUAUCUUUUCUUUCCCCCCUUUUUUCCCUUUUGUUGUUUUGAUUUUUGAUUCUUUGCUUUCUUGGUGUUUCUCUCUCUCUUUCUCUCUAACGCCAAGAACGCUGAAAUUCAAAUUAGAGAGAAAUUUGAAGUCUUCUUUGAAUUUUACUCUCGAAUUCUCAACUGGGUUUGAUUCGAUCCGCCAUGUCUACCCAUAAUCGCCGUCCUUCGUUUUCGUCGUCGACGACGUCGUCGUUGGCCAAACGACAAGCGUCCUCGGCCUCGUCGUCGGACAAUGUAGGAAAGGUUAUGGCGGUUCCACCACACUUGGCGAAGAAGCGAGCGCCACUUGGUAACCUAACGAAUUUUAAGAAUGUGUCUCAUAGUGCAGCCAAAAGCUCUGUUCCGCCUGCUAUUAUGGUGCCUUGUGCAACCAAAGCUGUCAAGGCCAGAAAGAGUUCCCCUGCUAGAACUCGCAGCACUAACUUGCCGGUGACCAAUUCGACCACAUUGGUUGAUGUCAAAACGACGAAUGCAGUUGCUCCUAGCAAUGCUACAGCUUUCUCAAGAACUGAUGCCACGGCUGUCUCUAGUUGUAUGGAUGUCUCUCCCUCUAAAUCAGAUGGAGUAUCAGUUUCCUUAGAUGAAACUAUGUCUACCUGUGAUUCUUUUAAGAGUCCCGACGUCGAGUACUUGGACAAUACUGAUGUCCCAGCAGUUGAUUCUGUUGAGAGGAAAACUAAAAGCAGUCUCUGCAUUUCAGGCCCGGCACCAAUUAGUAGUCAAGCACCAAUUAAAGGUAGUAUAUGCAAUAGAGAUGUACUCACAGAAAUGGCAACAGAUGGCGAUAUCAUUGAUGUAGAUAUCGAUUUCAUGGAUCCCCAGCAAUGUGCUACAAUUGCUUGUGAUAUUUACAAGCACUUGCGAGCAUCUGAGGCAAAGAAAAGGCCUUCUACAGAUUUCAUGGAGAAAAUUCAGAAGGAAAUAAAUUCAAAUAUGCGUGGCAUACUGAUUGAUUGGCUUGUGGAGGUAGCAGAAGAGUAUAGGCUCGUGCCAGAUACUCUAUAUUUGACAGUGAACUACAUUGAUCGAUACCUAUCAGGAAAUUCGAUGGAUCGACAACGAUUACAGUUGCUUGGUGUUGCUUGCAUGAUGAUUGCUUCGUAAGAAUCCCAAACCAUUAAUGUUGUUUCCCUAUAAAUUUCCUUUGAUUUUGAUGGUCUGAUAUUAACUAGUAAGAUUGUAUACUUCUAGAAAAAUGUAAGAGAUCUGUGCACCUCAAGUGGAAGAAUUUUGUUAUAUAACUGAAUAACACAUAUUUUAAAAAGAGGUAUUGCAAAUGGAAUCUUCUGUCUUGAAUUACUUGAAGUUUGAAAUGACAGCUCCAACACCAAAAUGUUUCUUAAGGCGAUUUGUUCGUGCUGCUCAAGGCACCACCGACGAGGUUUCAUCAAUGCAGUUGGAAUGCUUGGCCAACUUCCUUGCCGAAAUACUCUUUUAGAAUACAGUAUGCUUUGCUACGCACCAUCACUUGUGGCUGCCUCGGCGAUCUUCUUGGCAAAGUUCAUACUUCUUCCAACUAAGAGACCAUGGAACUCCACCUUGCAGCAUUAUACACAUUAUCAGCCAUCCGACCUUGUCGACUGCGUUAAGGAUUUGCAUCGCCUCUGCUGUAACACCCACAAUUCUAGCUUACCAGCCAUCAGAGAGAAAUACAGCCAGCAUAAGUACAAACACGUGGCGAAGAAGUACUGCCCUCCGACGAUACCUCCGGAGUUCUUCCAGAAUCAAACACAGUAAAUUUGUAUUCCAAUGCUCUGUUGGAUUAGAUGUAGCAGCAGCCUGACUUAACAGCAGUUAGAAAAUAGAGAGAGACAUAAAAUGCCCCUCCCCUCCCCUCAUUUUUGUUGAUCCCCCCCCGCUUUGUAAGCUUUUUCUCAUCAUAGCUUUUGAUGUAAGCCAAUGCCACUAGUUUUUCUCCACAACAUCAGGAUCUCGGCGGUUUGUUGUAGCGUUGUAACGAAUUAUCGAAUACCAAAAUGCUGAGAUUUGUACAAAGUUCAUAUGCUUCUAUUGUCAUAUUUCUUCAAAACUUUGAUAUAUAGAAGCAAUAAUGUACUAUACUAAAAUGAAGGGAGGCAACUCAGAUAUAUCUUAACAUUUCUUUAUUA